GAGUGGAAAUACCCAAAGCGUUUGAAAUUUUUGUACUAUAUCCUUUUGAGUGAAUAUCAAUUUGGAAGUAAAUUAGAAAAUAGUCGUUUUUGUAUUAAGUUUUGUGCAUAAAAGCUGCGAAAAUAAUAAAAAUGGAUCGAUAUCGUAGUCUUUACAAGGAAAACUCUUCUAUUUCAACUCCAUCACAGCACAGUAAAACAAAUCGGGAACUACAAAAUGCAAAUCGCGCCAAAAAACGUAGAGAAAUUUAUGAAAAUAUCCGUAGGAUCUCCGUUAGCCCAACGCCAAAAAAGGUCAUUGCAGCUGAGGAGUGCAUUGAUCGUAUAAAGAGUCAAAAUGUACUGGAGUUUGAAAACAAGGAAAAUAAAAAAGUUGAGGAAUACAAGCCAAUUGUGGAAUGUGACGAACCAAAAGUUAUAGAUCAAACCGAGGCUAACAAAUCCCGCAUAGCUUUAGUAGCGACGGGAAAAGGUAAUUCUGAAAAAUCAACUCGCCAAGAAGCUUACCUCUUAAGAUUUAUACAAUGGAAAGAAGCACAUAAACUAAAGAAGCAGGUACUGGAACCGAAAAAACGACCUUUUGUGUCCUCUGGCGGUCCUGGCGGUAAUGCGUUUGGCGAUAGCGCAAGACCGGUUACUAAGGAAACGAGUAAAGUAAAAUGCAAAGAAAUAGCGACAUUUGUGCCGAAGGAUCAUAAUACAUUCAAACCUCCAGCUGGAUUAAAGAAUACUUUAUCUAAGAUGACAUCAGCUGCAAAAAGCGUUAUAAACAAUGAUCGAAAAUCAUUUUAUACUGUGGUGCCAACACCACCUAGAAAUAAACAAAAAAAUAGCAUUAAUAUGAAGAAACCGCUGGUCCUUACCAAGACUCCGGUAAUUUCCAAUUCGAAUAAGACGCCAGCGACUACAACGAAAGCUGUGACCAAAUCGUCCAAUGUGAAUGGUACAAAAGUUAUGAAAAUUCCAUCAGCAAUAAAAAAUAUUGAUACGAGGACGCCGGGUGACGGCGCACUUAGCAACAAGCCGUCAGAAACAGGGCCUGCAUAUUCUGCCGCAUUUAAUAACCCUUUAAAAAAAAUUCCUCUUAAUAAAAAUGGAGAAAGUGUUGCGAAUCCUAUUUCGAAUCGCGUAAAUAAUGUUGCGAAAUUUGCCCGUCCUCAACCUAUAACUCGUAAACCAAUAGCCCGUCCCAAACUGAUUGGCACAAAUUCAAAUACGAAUUCAGCAAAAAGCAGCACCUCAGAAAAAAAUAGUACCACAGCGGGUAGUAGUGGUGCUGUAGGAAAGGCUCAUUUGUUGCAGAGCAAAAGAACUUUAGCCGAGGCAAAGGAGCGACAAAAUCUUCAGUGUCACGCCAAACUCGCCACUAGUUUCAAGUCAAAAAAGGUGCAAGCCUCUACAUUUAACCGGUCAAACGCUCCUAGUAAAAUUACAGUUAAGGGAAAGACAUUACUGGGAGGUAAACGUGCGAGUACUGCAACUACAGCAUUCGCAAUCGCUGAAACACCAACUGAUUUGCUAAACGUCAAUCCAUUUGAGGCAUUUGUUACAUCAACCCGUAUAAAAUCACUUUCACCACAUACAACCAAAAUGCCAAAUAUAAGUCCAAUUAACAAUGAAGUGGGUAAUGCUAACGCAGAAACAGUUACUCACAAGAAUAUCCGAGCACAUAGUUCAACUACAGCAAAACGUGCUUUGCUACAGAACGGACUUAAAAAAUCGCCAAAACUUCAAACAGAGCAACAUAAAUUCAAUUUUAUACGAUAUUCGUGUGGAAGACCUGAAUCGGAUAUGAGUGGCAUAAAUGAACAAAUAGAGGUAAACACUGUAGGAGCAAAGGAAGAAACGGUUGAAACAACUGCGUACAACCAAACCCAACAAAACACAAUUUUGGAAGUGCAACCGAAAAAAUCUAUACAUGAAGGUAAGAAUAUGAAAAUUGAAAAGCAAUUGGAUCAACUUGAGACACCAAAAUCAAAUGAAGAGGAACGUCCGGUUAACUAUAUUAGUUCAUUUGUCUCCGUUUCGCGUGGAAAGGUUAGUGCGCGGAAAGAACGCGAGAAGAGGGAUAGCAUUUACUUACCAAGCGCCGAUGAUAGUUUGACGAUAUUAAACGCUGUAAACACCGAUAAAGCAGAAAUUCCUAAAACAGUUGCUACUCCAAGAAGCGUUGAGGCCCGAAGAAUUCUCGAAGCGGUACGCUAUUUUCGCCAGCAACUUCAGAAUGAAAUCGACCGCUUACACGCUUUAUGCGAUCAAUGGGAAAAAUAUAAACAAGAAAAUUUACUGCUGCUACAAAAAGCUGGGGGAGAAGAUAUGAUAAACGUCACCAUUGGUCAGACUAAAUUGUUGACUAGUAAAAAGUUUCAACAGUUCAAAGGACUGAUAGAUCGUUGUGAAGAUGGCGCCAGAGGCACGGCAGCUGUUGAUGAUGGCAGCGAGGCAACGAAGCCAAUUUCGGAUGUGGAUUUGGAAGGCUUUUGGUCCAUGUUGAAUUUACAGGUUGACAAUGUCGAGAAACGUUUUGAAAAUUUAACGCGUUGGAAAGACAAUAAUUGGAAUGAUCCUGAUGAUGUCCAAGAAAUCAAACAACAUAAACCGAAAUCCAAGCCGAAUUUGAAUAAGGUUAAAAAGUCAAAGGUUCCUGCAAAAGCCAGUAUUGGCCUGCAAGCAAUGUUACGUAAAAUGCAUGCUGAAAUGCGUAAAAAGAAAGAGAAUAGAGAUGACAGUGCUGAAGCAGGCAAGGAUAUGCCCAUUAUUUUAACUCCAACUCGUCAACGCCAUCGACGAUCACAAAGCGGCACACCGAAAGUGGGUAAUUAUGCUGACGAGAACCGACGCCAAAGUACUCCACGCUGUAUUUCCGUGGUGGUACGUGAUCGUAAAUCACUAUCAGCUGCCGCCACGGUUAUCAGUUUGCCUGUGAAAAGUCAAGCAAUAUCAGCAGCUGCUGCAGCCCAAAGGCGGCUUUCACGUAUUGUGGUGGAAUCACCAAAGUCCAUUAGGGCUUGUGGCAAUGAGUUACGCCGCAGCCUUAAUGGUAUGGAGAAAGCUUUUGGUGGUUGCAACGAAUUACUGCGGAACGUAUUAGCCGUUAGUGCGCAUAAAGCACGCCGACGUAGUGAUACUCCAAGUUUCAUCGAGUUACCAAUUGAUUCGGAGCGUCAUGCAGUUACCAGAGAACGUACACCAAUUAAAACACCAUCUCCUACACCAGCAAUAAACAUUGGUCGCAAAUCUAUAUUAAAAACUCCUGGCACGGCGAAGGGCAAACCUAAGAACGUAAUUUUCAACGAAAAGUUGAGUGUUAAGAAAUUCAAAUUUACAAUUGAGGAUGAUGAAGAGUUGUGCGAAAGUGAAGAACAGCAUCUGCAAACUAGCACGGAAGAUCAACGCACUUAUUCCCUACGUACGCGCAAAGUUGUACUUCGUCCUUCAAGUGAAUUUGAAAUCCCGAAAGCAUAAAUUGUUUAUAAUUUAAUUUAUAAUUUCUAUUAGACUGCUUUAUAUCUAGCUGUUAAUGAUAUUUGUUUUACUUUCUAGCAGAUUACUCGUUCAACUUUUUAUGUAUGCUUGUAAUAUUUAAAUAAAAUUUUAAAAAGGUUUGCAUCCACGUAUCAUUGUGGAAAAAUGAA